AUGCGUCCGCAAAUGGGAGAUGAUUUCCCUCUGCUAGCCUCUCCUGCGCCACAUGUGGGACAAGUCUCACCGGUGCCACGGCUGGCAUCUGAGCCACGAAAUGAAGGUCCCGACUCCCCAAGUGGCGCAGAAGCCUCGCCCUGGAAGCGUACAUUAAGCUGGAGACAGCUGCUUGUCGAUAGCCCACCAGCAUGGGCCGCGUCUCCUGAAACCCACACCAUGGGGUCCGGUGUGGACGCACGUCGCGCUGGUGCCCCUUCGCCGCAGCCGCCAUUCCCGUGGCCAGCGCCAAGCUUGAACUCCCUGAGUUCCUGCCCAGAACCCCCGCGACUGCCUCCAAAUUUGCGGCAUGCCACGCAGGAGGCCGUUCAUGCCGAAAAUAUUGGCACAUUCUCCCAAGACGAGGAGCAGGAGAUCUUGAGAUUCCUGAGCCACGUCUCCAAAAGCCCGAAGACACAAUCAGCAAGUGUCGACCGCGGUUUUGCAGUCAACCAUCCUCCGAAAACCCCCUCUCCCAGAAGACGUCGAUCCCGAGAGGCUCAGGAUGACACGCUCGUCAGCACGGGUGUCUGGAGCCCCUUUUCGAAUGCCAUGGAUGCCUCGGGCCAGGAUUCUGCAUGGGCAGAGAGCAGUUCCGGUGUUUUUGCAGAUCCUGGUUCCGCCUCGAAGGUGUGGAGAGCUCGGGGAGAGGCGGAAGGGGCACACCACACACCACUGAAAACUGCAGCCUCUCCGGUUUCUGGCCGCUCCUCCCCUGGCCCUGGCCUGUCCACGGGCAAUCAAAGAAACCCGACAAUCGAGUUGGGUGAAGUCCACUUACGGUCGUGCAGCUGCUGCGGACGACGGUUUCGCGAAUCUAGGUUGCCCGUGCACGAGGCGAUAUGCUACCGCAAUGCUGGAAGUGGGAACAAGCGCAGCGUCUUCGAAUCAAGCCGGCAAAGAUGCUCCGCCGCCUCGGGGCGUUGGUGGAGUACUCCGGAAAGCAAGUCGCGGCAGGGGCACUCAAGAGCAGGAUCCCCUCAGGUCGGCCAUCAGGUCCCUAAACGUGCUCCAGCAAUGCAGAGAUCUCGCUCAGUGCCAUCCGUGCAGGGCGUGCACCCAAGGCGCUCGCCUUGCGAAGGGCGCUCGCCAAGGCAGUCCCACCGCUUCGAUGCCAGCGGCCCGAAGCUGUCCAAAACUUCACCCAUCAAGGUGUCUGCUACAAGUCCUGUCCAGAAUCCGGAGAGGUCAAGGUCGUGCACAGCAGCCAGGUCAGGGUCGUUCAGGAAGGAUCCCGCCUUGAGAGGAGCACAGGACAGCACUCGGGCAAGCCGUGGAAGCUCUGGCCACCGAGCUUCGGCCGAACGUCAUCUCUACACUGCGGCGGCGCAUCGAACGGUAUCAGCAGAGAGGCGAUCGUUCGGCAGCCCAGUGCCUGCAGAAAGUGCGGCCGAGGCCCGCGCAACUGCGCAGCCGGUGCAGCAAGGCCACGGAGCGGAAGGACGACAACCUCCGACUGCUUGGGGUGCUGUGCCUGCGAUGCCUGACUUGAAUGAUGAUCGCCGAGCGGCCGGCGGGAUGGCAUUUGAGUCGGAGGCGGCAGGCUAUCUGGGGGCAGGAGGCGCCGGCGAGGCGCCGUCCGGACUGCUCGGAUCGAUCAUUGAGGACGUCGCACAAUUAAGUGCUCAGGUUGAGAAGCUCCUCAGUCGGCGCAGGGAUGUCCUGGCAGGCACCAGACCCCAUCAUCUCGCCAGGGCUUCUGGCGGAUAUCGAGAUUUGGCCGAAAGGGCCAGCGACUUCGACGCAAGGGACAUGGUGCUCGAGCUUUCACCAAGUGACUCGAGCGCUGCGCCGGAGGGAGAGAGAGCGUUUGAGUCUCGGCCCCGCAGCUGA